CGUGCGUUGUUGAGUAUACAGGACGCCGGCCUGCAGGCACCAUGGUCUUCCUCACGGCGCAGCUCUGGCUGCGGAAUCGCGUCACCAACCGCUACUUUCGGAUCCAGGAGGUGCUGAAGCACGCCAGGCACUUCCGGGGGAGGAAAAAUCGCUGCUACACGUUGGCGGUCAGAGCCGUGAUUCGAGCCUUUGUGAAAUGCACCAAAGCCCGAUACCUGAAGAAAAAGAACAUGAGGACCCUCUGGAUUAAUCGAAUUACAGCUGCUAGCCAGGAACACGGCCUGAAGUAUCCAGCGUUCAUUGGCAAUUUAGUUAAGUGCCAGGUGGAGCUCAACAGGAAAGUCCUAGCCGAUCUGGCCAUCUACGAACCAAAGACUUUUAAAUCUUUGGCUGCCUUGGCCAACAGGAGGCGACACGAAGGAUUUGCUGCUGCCUUGGGGGAUGGGAAGGAACCUGAAGGCAUUUUUUCCAGAGUGGUGCAGUACCACUGAGGACUGUUGCUGUAUUGAUUAGGAAAAGACACAGAGUAAUUUGCAAAAAAAAAAAAA